AAACACAUCAACGUAGCAAAAAAAAAAAUUAAUAAAACAAAUUCAUCUCUGCUUCUUCGUCCCUCCUCUCAAGAAUCAAAACCGAAAACAUCACACCACUUCCAAUGGGAUGUUUUGGUGGUUGUUUCGGUCUCUCUUCUUCCAACACAAAACGCAGAAACUCCACAAGGAAGAUCCUUCCUCGUCAUCAAAGAAUCUGUAGCUAUGAGCCUCUACUCUCUUCAGAUCCAUCAGAUUCCAUCACCAAUGUAGUAGAUAGCCCUGAAAAGAUCUCCACUUCGAACCUCAUGUGUGAGGUGGAGGCAGAGGAGGAGAAGGAGAAAGGAACGAUAAAGACUAGGAAGAGAGUCAGAUUCAACUUGAAUGUACAAACCUUUGAACCAACUCUACCAUCAAGAUACGAGAAUUAUUGCAGUGAUGAUGAUGAAGAGGUAAAAGGAGAAAUAAAGAGCAGUAGUGGAUCUGUGUAUCCUUCAAACUACAGAUACCAUAAUUGUGUGGAUAGUUUCGAAGAUGAAGAUGAAUUAGAAAGUGAUUUGGAGGAUGAAGACUAUUGCUCUGAUGAUGAAAAUGACUAUGAAGACGAUGCUGAUGAUGAAGAUGAGGUUUGUGGCGAUCAGGAUGUGACUCCUCUAUUGAAUCCAGUUGAGAAUAUUGCGCAGUGGAAAGCGGUUAAAGUCAAGCCAGUAAGAGUUAAACAGCUAAUGAAGGAGAACGUUAAAGCAGAUAGUGAUGAUCAAGCAAGGCCACUGCUGAAGGAGAUCAUCGUCAAUGCUAGCCUUGCCGACUGGGUGGCCUCACCGAAGAGUGUUCAUGGGAAUGGUUUGUGUAAGAGAUCACCAAUUGUGGACAUCACCAACAUGGCGAAGAGGUAAAAGGUUUCAAAGUGAUUCACAAGUGUGAAGGAGGAGAAGAAACAGUGUGUUUUGUUGUUUGUUUUUGCAGCAUUUAUGAUUCUUUGUAUGUUGUGGGGAUAUGGAGGUUUGUAUCGGUUUCAUUUUGAUAAGGUUGUGAUUCUUUCAA